GCGUCCUUUGGUUUACCUGGCAAUAGAGAAGCGCUCGGAACUUUUUAUCUCCUGGUUUCUGACGUUUUGGGUUAGGAAAUAUGGAAAAUUUAGUGAACUGAUGUACAUCCCGCCACCCAUCAAAGCAAGCUUCAUUUUCCUCCUUUGUUUCUGAACCUAGGAGAAGUGAUGCUACUGUUUUUAGAGUUUCAAAUAAACUGCCAUACCUUGUUGGCAUCAAAGCAGGGCAGGUGGAAGAUUUAGGACGUAUUUCCCAAAAGUACGGUAGUUGUUUCGUGUCUGCAGUAUCUAUAUGCAAAAACUCUUAUAAGUCCAACCAUACUUUGCAGUUCAUUUGUGUGUUUUUCUAAAUAAUCAGCCCCACGCCACCCCCACCCCUAUACUUAAUUGGUCAGCAAGCACACCCUAAAGGAAGAAGUGGAUGGAAACAGAGGUGGACCAAGUUCCCACAGUGGUGGAUUUGAAGUCCUGUGAAGCAGCCACUCCUUGCUGAGAUUAUUUUUGCAGAAUGUCAUCAGAUGAGGAAAAAUACGCAUUUCCAGUUAUGCAGAAUGACUGCAACCAAAACAGUUCAGGCUCUUCAGAUCUUCAGGAAGAGUAUGAAGAAUUGCUUCGUUAUACUAUAGUGAAUCCAAAUAUUGAACCAGGUACUUCACAGCCAUCUCAUUCUAAGGGAGAAAUGGUGCCAGAUGUUAGAUUUCAUACUAUAAUUGAUGAUAUUCUUCAUAAUCAAGUAAGAAGAGAAAGAGAAACAAGGACGGAAGUUAGAAAAGGACGUGAUUUAAAUAUUUCAAGUCAUUCAAAGACAGAAGGGUUGUCACCAGUGUCAUCGCCAAGGAAGCCUUUUCACCCCGUUAUGGAUUUUUUCAGUUCAAAUCUUUUGGGCGACUCUUCCACACCAGGGUCUGGUUCUAGUCAUGCAGGUGCCCAUGAAAUACUUGUGGGCAAUUCUGUUGUUUCUGAAGAAAACCUUCAAAAGGUGGAAAGUGUACUGGAUCUUUGGAGUUCAGGUCUUAAGUCAAACGUCAUAUCUGAACUAACUAAAUGGAGACUAAAUUUUAUUGACUGGCACCGUAUGGAAAUGAAAAAAGAGAAAGAAAAACAUGCAGCACAUUUAAAACAACUAUGCAACCAGAUCAACAGCUUGAAGGAGCUGCAAAAAGCCUAUGAAAUCUCCAUUGGGAGAAAAGAUGAGGUGAUUUCCAGCUUGUCUCAUGCUAUAGGCAAGCAAAAGGAAAGGAUAGAGUUGAUGAGAACAUUCUUCCACUGGCGAAUUGGCCAUGUCAAAUCCCGACAGGAUGCUUAUGAAGGGAAACUCGCUGACCAGUACUUCCAGAGAACUUUACUGAAGAAAGUGUGGAUGGGCUGGCAUUCCACGGUGCAAAAGAAGUGGAAGGACGUGGUGGAGCGAGCUUGUCAAGCAAGAGCCGAAGAAGUUUGUGUCCAAAUUUCCAAUGAUUAUGAAAACAAAGUUGCUGUGUUAUCUGGAGCUUUGGAAAAUGCAAAAGCUGAGAUCCAAAGAAUGCAACAUGAAAAAGAGCACUUUGAAGAUUCCAUGAAAAAAGCUUUCAUGAGGGGUGUGUGUGCAUUAAAUCUUGAAGCCAUGACAAUGUUUCAAAACAGAAAUGAUGCAGACUUCACAAAUAGUAAGAAGGAAGAGUAUGGUCCUGCUCAUCUGGAUCCUUCGGCUGCGAUACCCUCAGCAGCCGCCACAGCACCGUCCUCAGCAGCAGCAGCCAUGGGGGCGGCCAGCACUGCUGCCUUUCCCUCCGCCACGACCAUCACCUCUGCGGGGACUGCUUCCGCCUCCUCUGUUUCUGCUCCUCUUGGUGCGGGAUCCACAGUUCCCACUGCGUCCGAAGAAACGUAUGUACCCAGAGUUGUGACAUCUGCACAACAGAAAGCUGGAAGAACAAUUACCGCCCGGAUCACAGGGAGAUCUGAUUUUGCUUCAAAAAACAGAAUUAGUAGCAGUUUAGCUAUAAUGGGAGUUUCUCCUCCCAUGAGUUCAGUUGUUGUGGAAAAACAUCAUCCAGUCACAGUGCAAACCAUUCCUCAAGCUGCUGCAGCAAAAUACCCCCGGACUAUUCAUCCUGAAAGUACUACCUCAGCUUCCAGAUCUCUCGGAACCAGAUCAACUCACACCCAGUCUCUCACAAGCGUUCACUCCAUCAAAGUGGUUGACUAAAAUGAAUGUGUUCAUAUUAAGAUCUUCUAAGUGCUCUGGUUUUACCAAGGAUUAGAAGUCUUUAGUUUCAAAUUUUUCCAUAUUUUUAGAACAUCAUGGAUACAUCAUGUUCACCUUUUCAAAAUUAUAAGAGACUUUUCAAGCCACACCAUCCUUUGUAAAAUAAUAUGUAGGAUUAUUUUAAUGUUAUUUUUUUAAUUUAAGCAAUUAAGUAAAACUUUUUUAAAUUAAAAAACUGGACUAUAUUUUUUAAUAGGCUCAGCCUGUGGCUGAUUUUACCAUCAAAGUAUAUAAAUCCUGUUUUCUCUACAUUAUUCCACAAAGCUGAAUCAUUUCUAAGGUUACUAAGUAAACUUUGAGAAGUUUAUUUUAAAAAUUAUUAAAACUAAUAGAAACUAAGGUAUUUUUAUUUUUAAGUGAAAAAGAUAAAAACCAAGAGUAGUGAUAUUUUUACCACAGAGUUUUUUGUGACUGUAGUAUAUUUGUCUUCAUUUUCUAGUAGUCCAGCAAUUAAAGAUAGGGGGAAAUGGCAACACCUAUGAAUAAUUUUUGAUGUUAAAAGGGAAAAAAUUUACCAGCACAAAAACACAGUUACAGAAACAUAAAAAGAAAAUUUUCUAUUAGAAUGAUCCUAUUUCUGAUAUUCUUCCUUGUCUCUUUUGAAAACGCAGUUUUGAAUCCAUAUUGUUCUCACUAAACAUUCAGUGUCCUGGAAUGGUAUAGCCCUGGGCAAAUCUUUCAAGCCUGAAGAGAGACUUUUCAGUGCUGGCCAAUAGGAAAAUACCGUCUGGGCAGAACUGACCAAGGAGUACAGAACCAGGCUUCUUAGGGUUUUAUUGCUGGUUGCCGGGGUUAAAGUACUUAUGGGUUGCAUAAAAAAUGAGUAGAUUCUGAAGCAUCUGUCUAGGGCCUCAAUUUCCAUAUUGUUAACAGGAAAUUAACAAUAUCAGAUAUCCCAUUUUCUAACGGGGCAAACCAAGGCUUUUCUGAAUUAUUAGAAGUAUCUGGCCAUGUCUUAAAGAGUAUUAGACCCUUCUUAUGCCAAACUUGUUCUGGGUUCUGGCCCAGCUACUACUGUGGCAAACAGCUCAUGGAUUACAACAAACACAAACCAACAGCACCUCAUCUACUGCCUAU